AUGAACCCGUUCUCUAUCAUUAAUCCAAGUACAGAUGAAGAAAUUUGUCAAAGUGAUCCUGAUAAAGUAAUUGAAGCUGCUGAAAAAGGUUUCCAAUAUGAUUCACCAUGGCGUAAGUUAGAUCCUGCUGCACAUGCUCAGUUAAUUCAUAAACUUGCUGAUUUACUUCUACGUGUUGUGGAUUAUUUAGCAGCUGGUUUUCCACCAGGUAUUAUUAAUAGUGUAUUAGUCGAUGUUCCUGCUCGAACUGCUCAUAGAGCAGUUUUCACUCAUGCAGGUCAAGUAUGUUUUGCUGCAUCAAGAAUAUUUGUUCAUUCCACACUUCACGAUGCCUUUGUAUCUAAAAGUGUCGAAUUAGCAAAGAAACGUAUUGUUGGUGAUCCAUUUGAUUCUACAACUGAACAAGGACCAUAA